GCUGUCCACCCUAUGAAUGCAUGGAAUGUGGACUUAUGAUUUAAGAACCAUAUCGUCAGCUUUUGCCUUGUGGAUUGAUUUGUUUUCUUUUGUUACGCUGGUCUGCUCUGGUCUCGUUCAACCGUCGCACGCACGGGCUCUUGUCCUGCCCCGCCUGUCCUUUCGACAGGACCGCAAGGACUGCCUACGGGCGGGGCUGGUUGUGCAUGUGCUUUGUAUUUCACGUGAUUCACGUCUCAUGGCAUGUGCGAGUUCUCACCACAGUUUAGGGAGUUUUGCAUUUGGCACACAAGUGGUGACUUGAUUCCUUUCGAACCUGAAACUGCUCUUGUCCUUUCCAUCUCUCUCUCUCUCGCCCUUUUUAUCUGCCCUCUAGUGACCAUGUAAAUGUUGAGUGAUUUGGUUUCCCGCUGUUCAAUGUGCUCCAAGACGUAGCAACGGCAUUGUGAACAGCUUGCCAUCAUUCGGAUCAUCACUUUGGAGCCCUUGUAUUUGUCUCAUUUCGACUGAAAAUCAUGUGAGAGGCCUAUCUAAUAAUGCUGUAAAAAGUCAUCUCACAUGGCUAGCUUGUAGGUACUUACAAAAUG